AUGUCGCCGAAACAAGCAAGAGUGAAGCAUCCUACUAGCAGGAAAUUUCCUAGUGUGGAUAAUCCCGGAAUUGUUGAAGCAAUUCGAAAUAAAACGAAAAAAACGAGUUUGAGACCUCGUCGAGAGGGUGGUCAAAAUUUAAAUGCUUCUCACCGAAGGGGCUCGGGGAGUAAAUCCAAAGCGAUCCACAACAAUGAACCACCACCUCAAGCGGAGCAACCAACACAAGAAGAAUCUGAUUCCGAUACACCUACUGAAGAAGGAGGCGGUGAUAGAGAAGUUGCUGAAGAAGAAAGUGGUGAUGAGGAAGUUAAUGAAGAAGAAACUGGUGGCAAGGAUGGUGAUGGACAAGAAACUGAGGAUGAGGAUGAUGGAGAAGAAAGUGGGGAUGAGGAUGAUGGAGAAGAAAGGCCACAGGGAUGCCAUUCAUCGUAUGAAGCCAGGAAUGUCAUGGGCUAUGAUGAAGAGUUGUCCACUACAAGCAAUAGAAUCAACCAUCAGAGAAGUUGA